AUGGCAAAACGAGAGGAGAUCAAUAUUGAUCAUGUUACCAGUGCCUCAAGUGAUGAAGAUUACACUAAUACGGUUGGUUACAUUUCUAUAAAAGACUAUGCUUAUGAUGAAUCCAAUCCUCUACAUUACGGGUACUUUGAAGAGAUAAAUAUGGGAAACAAUGAUGAUUCAGAUUUUAAUAAUGAAUAUGACGAAAGCCAACGCGAACACUUUCAUAACCAGUAUUAUGGUUACAAUAGAGGAGAUAAUAGGAACAGUAGUGUAAAUAACAGACAUGAAGAUGGUAAUAUCAGCGAGACGGCAGACAAGCGGCAGAGUAUAGUGUUACCCAAUGAGUAUGUUGUAGAUAAGAAGGUGGUUGCUCUUUAUGAUUUUGUUCCCGAAAAUGAUAAUGAAUUGGAGUUGAAGGAGGGUGAUGUUAUAUAUAUCAGUUAUAAACAUGGCCAGGGGUGGUUGGUUGCGGAGAAUAUUGAUGGGACACGGACAGGGUUGGUUCCUGAAGAAUACGUAUCAAUAUGGAAAGGUGAUGAGCUGCCUAAGGGGGGGGACGAAUCGUCGAGCCGGUCAGAGGAAGAACAAGCGAGACCAUUUUACUUAACGCAAAUGAUAACACAAAAUAUGAAAGUAGCAGCGUCGAAGAAAGCGUCCACUGACACGUCUAAUGAUGAUGAAUGGGAAGACAUUGAUGGCGAACAGGAGUACUCUGGGCCAAAGGAAGGAAAAUGUGAUACAAGGCGUGAUAUAGAUAUUGUAGAGAAGUCUAUGCAUGAUAAAUUAUCAUUAUAG